AUGCGGCGGGCUUUCAAACGCCGCGUAUGCCCGGCUGGCGGCAUGCUCGGCGAUGCGCAAGUGCCGAUCUUCCGGCCGACCCUAGAGGAAAUGGCGGCGGGAUUCGAGGCUUACGUGGAGCGGAUCGAAGCCGAGGCGUGGGAAUACGGGAUCUGCGUGAUUGAACCCCCACCUGAGUGGCAGCCGCGAUCACGUGGGUACGAUGACGUGGAGGAUUGGACGAUUCCGAAGCCGAUUAAACAGCACGUGUCCGGCAGUCGCGGCGUGUUUCAGUCGAUCCACGUGGAGACUAAGUCGGUCACGGUGCGCGAGUUUCGUGAGGCGGCGCACUUGAAGGAGCACCGCGGCCCGUGGGGGGACGACGGGGAUAUCUGCUGCUUGGGGAACGCGACUCACGCCGCUAGCGCCGCUUGCGCUACUGACGGUACUGACGCUGCAGAAUCUUCUGGUAGCGGCUGUAGCGAAGGGGAGGAGGCUAGUAAAGGGGAUGGAGAAUCGACGAGCGAUGUUCGUUGUGGGGAGAGCGGAGACGCCAGUAGGGGGGAUGUGGAGCAGCAGCAGCAGCAGCAGCACUGUAGCAGCAGCCGGGGCGACGGUGGCGGUGACGGUGACGGUAACGCUGGUGAAUGCAACCAAAGCAAGCACAGGAAAAAGAGCGAGAAAUGCAAGAGGAGCAAGCAGAGGAAGCAGUGCCGGCACGUGGGCGGGAAGCUAACCCUAGCGGACAUGCAGACGUCCAUCGAGCGCAGCUUCUGGAAGAACGUCACGCACUCGCCGCCGCUCUACGGCGCUGAUGGGCUCGGCUCGUUCUUUGACGCUGACGUGCAGGGCUGGAACGUGGGGUGCCUAUCAACGCUUCUGUCGCGCACGCUGGAGACAGCAGGCAUGCAGAUACCAGGGGUCACGACGCCGUAUCUCUACUUUGGCAUGUGGCGCUCGCUCUUCGCAUGGCACACGGAGGACAUGGAUCUAUACAGUGUCAACUACCUGCACUUUGGAGCUCCCAAGUUCUGGUACGUGGUGCCUCCCGAUGCCAAGGCACGCUUUGAGCGCCUGCUGCAGGGGCUGCAACCUGCGCGCUUCAAGCAGUGCCCCGAGUUCCUGCGCCACAAGGAGACGCUGGUGACCCCACAGCUACUGCAGCGGCAUAACAUCCCGUUCCUCAAGGUGCUACAGCAGCCACGCCAGUUCGUCAUCAACUUCCCGGGCGUGUACCACGCAGGCUUCAAUCUGGGGUUCAACUGCGCAGAAUCAACCAAUUUCGCCACCAAACGGUGGGUACAAGUGGGACUCAAGGCGCGUCCCUGCUACUGCAUCGGUGACAGUGUGUGCAUUGACAUGGGACUCUUUGUUCCCCCCCCUCCGCUCGCUCUCCUCUGCCCCGACAACGACUCCACCGCUCUGCACCACUCCGAAUCUAUAGCUGAUGCUGCUGCUGGUGAUGCCGCUGCUGAUGCUGGUGAUGCUGGUGGUUGUUUUCUGGGCAGCAAUCUUGGGAGCUCUCAGGAAUUGCAGCAGCAGCAGGGGGCGGAGAGCGAUGGGUGUGGAGCAGAGGGAGAAGGAGCAGCAGUGGCAGGAGCAGCAGGAGCGGCAGGAGUGGAGCGGGUUGGGCUGGGAGCAAAGAAGCAGCCUCUGCGUCCUCCUGCUGCUGCUUCUGGGGGUGCUGCAGGUUCUGCCCUUGCUAGAGGGCAGAACGGUCGAUUUGUGCGUGUUGCCAAGGCUGGAAAGGCAGGAGGAGGGAGAGGGGCGGCAGGUGCAAGGGGGGUGGGUGUGCUUCCGAUAGUUUACCACCGAAGGCGAGUAAUUAAAGUGCUGCUGCCGCAGCGACAGGCGCAGGCACAGAAGCAGGGGCAGGGGCAGGUUCGGGGAGGACAGGCUCGUGGGCAGGUUCGGGGGCAGGCUGGGGUGGUGGCCGGGGUGCAGGCUGGGGGGGGAGGUACGGAUAAUGGGCGGGAAGGAGGGGUAGGAGGACGCGGGGCGGGGUUGUGUGGAGAGGAAGGGGAAGGAAUGACUGUUGCAGCGAUUGAUUUUGUGAGGAAAAAAUAUGUGAGGAAAGGAGCAGCAGGGGAUGUGGGUGCAGGGAGUGAGAGUAGGGUUGAGGGUGCGCAAAUAGGAGAUGGGGUGGCAGGGAGGGGGGAUGUCAGGGUAGGGGAGCUUGUGGGGGGAAUAACAGGGAUGGGGGCAGCAGGAGGAGGAGAGAGUGGGGAAGGAAGAAUGAGUGUGUUAAGAGCAGAGGGGGCUCAGGGGGAGGGAGUGCAAGGGGAGGUUCAAGAGGGGGUUGAGGGGAGUAUGGGCGGAGCAGGAGCGGGAGGCAAGAGGAAGCGGGGGCUGGGUGGAGGAGGGGGUGGAGUGGGCAGGACAGAGGGGUUGGAACCGGUUAUUAUGGUGAAACGAGUAAAAGGGACUAGUGGGGCUGGAACAGGGAGGGGAGGAGGGAGGGGAGGAGGGAAGAGAGGAGGGAGGGGUGGGAAGAAAGCGGGAAGGAGAGGGGGGAAAGGGAGAGGAGAAGGCGCAGCAGAGGUGGCAGGUGUGGAGCUACUUGGGGGAGUGGUGAGGGGUGCAGAUGGGUGCGUGCUGCCCCUGCUGAUAGUCGCCUGCCCUGCUGUUGCUGUGCCUCUGGGUAAUACGGUGGGACCUAGGGUGGGGGGUAAGGCUUCUUUUGAGGCGCUUCAAAAACCUGCUGCUGCCGUGGCUUCAAGUGAUAUGGUGGGAGAAAGGAUGGAUACUGCUGCAGGAGAUGCAGGUGGGGAUGUGACUGGGUGUUUAGCCACAGGGGUUGUGAAUAAUGGGGCAAGCCGGGAUUUGGGAGAGGGGGUUGUGAGGGAGGAACGAGGUGGGGCUGGAGCAGGGAUGGAAGGAGCAGGGGCAGCUGGAGCAGUGGGGAUUGGAAAGAAAGGGGUGAAGGGGACGAAAGGGGGGAAGAGGGGGAAGAAGGGAGUGAAGCGGAAAGUAGGGGGUAAGGCCAUCAGGCAUAAGCUUGGUGCUGGUGCUGGUGCUGGUGCUGGUGCAACAGCAACAGCAGUAGCUAUACUGACAUUAGCAGGAGCAGGGGCAGCAGCAGAAGCAUAUGUGGCAGAUGUAGCAGCAGCAGGGGAAGGAGCAGCAGGAGAAGGAGCAGCAGGGGAAGGAGCAGCAGGGGAAGGAGCAGCAGGGGAAGGAGCAGCAGGGGAAGGAGCAGCAGGGGCUAAAAAGAGGCAGAAAAGAGCUGUGAAGCAGCCAGCAGGGGGAAGAAUCCGGCUUUCACUUGGAACACAAGACGCAGCAGCAGAGGAAGCAGCAGAAGCAGCAGCAGCACAAGAAGCAGUACAAGACACAACACAAGAAGGCCUAGCCACAGCCGUCCCACUGCAGAGAGGCAACAAAGCAGGGCGCUCGGCUCAGGAACCUCUAGAGACAACUCAGAAGGCAGGAAGGACACUUGAGGAGCAUCAGGAAGGGGGAGGUGAAGUGGCAGCGGCAGCAGCAGAUGCACUGCCCGCAGGCCUGCGGUCGCUCCACUGCUCGCGGUGCAGAAGGGUUCGGAUGGUUCCCCGACGUAACCCCCCUGCUUGGGUGGUUGACAGGGUUGUUAGGGAUAGCAAAGGGAGAAUAGGCACCUGGGGCGUGUAUGGGGACAGGUGGAACCGAGAGGGGGAGGGUGUGGGUUUGGAGGGAGAGGAAGAGGAGGGGAGGGGAGGAGGAAGGUUUGGGGAGGCGGGGGAGGGAGAGGAGGGAGGAGAGGAGCGGUGGAGGCGUGUUUUUGAGUGUAAGAUGGUGUGGGGGAUGAGUUGUCGUACUAGAGUGCAGUUGAUGGGGGAGUGGAAGGAGGGGAGGGUGAGAUGGGAUGGUGAGGAGGAGGAGGUGGAGGAAGAGGAGGAGGAAAGAGGGGAGGGGAUGGAGGGGAGGGUAGUGAGUGGAGUGGUGGGGAGGAAGGAGGAAGUGGCAAGAGGAGAGGAGGGGAGAGGGGGAGAGGAGGGGAGAGGAGAGGGGUUGCAGGAGAGGAGUGGAGUGGUGGAUGAGAGGUUGGGGAGAAUGGAGGAGGGAGAUAGGAGUGUGGAUGGAGGGGGGAGGCGCGUGGGAGCAGGGAAGCGAGUGGGAGGCAGAAAGAAAAAGGUUGAGUUGCAGGAGGGGUUUGGGGCGUCUAGUAUUGGUGUGACGGAGGCGUCCCAAAAGCCUCUUACUCCUGCUCUCUCGCCCGCUGUUCCCCCGUUGAGGCUGAGAGGAAAGAGGGCGCGUGAGAAGGAGGAGAAGGAUAAGGAGAAGCAGAAGAAGGAGAGGGAGGAGGGAGGGGAGGAGGAGAUGGGGAGUGUAGGAGAAGAAGGGGAAGGAGAGGAGGCGUGCAGGGAGGAAAGGAGACAGAAGGAGUGUCGGGACAUGAAUUCAUUGAAAUUAACUCAGAAUCCAUGCUUCCUCCGAGUGCCUGUGGUGCCAGCGCUGCCAGUUGAGUCAGUGAUGACAGAACUUCCUGUGUCCCCUCUGUCCUCAGUGGUGCCUGCUCUAGUCGACUCAGCUGCUGCCGCUGCACCUACUUCCCCGCGAAACGCUCUUGGAAUUCUUAAACGCCACCGCAACAGCACGGCUGCGAGUCCCUCUGCUCAGCAAGGGGGAGAGGCAGAGAGUGUGGAUGUUAGAUGCCCGGGCUCUGCUUUUGAGGCACCCUUUGAGGCACCUUUUGAGGCACCUCUUGAGGCACCUUUUGAGGCACCUCAAGAAGAAGAAGCAGAGGCAGGGAGUGCCACAAUCAGAUGCCUGGAUUUCACUAAGGCUCUUUCUGCACAUGCCACCCCUGCCGUUCCUUCCGCAAUUCCUUCUCCUGAUGCUGCCGCUGCUCCUGCUCCUGCUCCUGCUCCUGCUGCUGCUGCUGCUGCUGCUGCUGCUGCUGCUGCUGCUGCUGCUGCUGCUGCUGCUGCUGCUGCUGCUGCUGCUGCUCUUGCUUCUGCUGCUGGUGCUGCUUCCCCUGACUUGAUUACAACUCAAGGUAAUAGGGUUGACGAGGAAAGAGCAGAGGUGAGUGAGGGGAAGGAAGUGAAAGAGGAGGGAAAGGAGGUUAGGGAGGAGCAAUUGGAGAUUAGGGGGGAGGGAGUGGAUGCGAAUGCACAGGAAGGAGUGAGUGAGGUUGGGGAGGUGAGCACGAGACGUGCUGGUGAUCACCACAUACUGGUAGUUGAUCUCUUCCAUUUUUGA